GAGCGAGCGCCAGAGAGACUAGACCCAAUCCUAUGGGUUGGGUGUUUAGAAGCUGCUUGACAGGUCUGCGCGUGAAGCUAAAUGACUGCUCGUGCGACUACCCGGAAAACAGCGCGAGGACUCAGAGAAGCAGAGGAGAUGAAGGCUCGUGCGGCGAUUCUCUCCUUUUAACGAGCCCAAAGUUCACCGGAUUUAUUACCAUCUACCAACAACAUGUCGGCGUCCGCCGUGUUCAUCCUGGACCUGAAGGGCAAGGUGCUGAUCUGUCGUAACUACAAGGGCAACACAGACAUGAACCAGAUCGAUCACUUCAUGCCCCUCCUCAUGAAGAAGGAGGAGGAUGGGGAGAUCACCCCCAUCAUCACCCACGGCAACACGCACUUCCUGUGGAUCAAGCACAGCAACCUCUACUUGGUGGCUACGACCAGGAAGAACGCCAACGCUGCCCUGGUAUACUCCUUCCUCUAUAAAAUCACACAGGUGUUCAAAGAGUACUUCAAGGAGCUCGAGGAGGAGAGUAUCCGGGACAACUUUGUGACGGUGUACGAACUGAUGGACGAGGUCAUGGACUUUGGCUUCCCACAGACGACCGACAGCAAGAUCCUGCAAGAGUACAUCACUCAGCAGGGCCACAAGCUGGAGGUGGGGGCCCCCCGGCCCCCGGCCACCGUGACCAACGCCGUGUCCUGGCGCUCAGAGGGCAUCAAGUACCGGAAGAACGAGGUGUUCAUGGACGUCAUCGAGUCCGUCAACCUACUGGUGAGUGCGUCGGGCAGCGUGCUCAGCAGUGAGAUCCUCGGCUCCGUGAAGCUGAGGACGGUUCUCUCCGGGAUGCCGGAGCUCCGGCUGGGCCUCAACGACAAGGUGCUCUUCGAGAUCACCGGCAGGGAGAAGAGCAAGGCGGUGGAGCUGGAGGACGUGAAGUUCCACCAGUGUGUGCGUCUGUCGCGCUUCGAGAACGACCGCACGAUCUCCUUCAUCCCCCCGGACGGCGAGAGCGAGCUCAUGUCCUACCGGCUGAACACCGCGGUGAAGCCCCUCAUUUGGAUCGAGAGCGUGAUUGAAAAAUUCUCCCACAGCCGAGUGGAGAUCAAAGUCAAGGCCCGGAGUCAGUUCAAGAACCGCUCCACAGCCAACAACGUGUCCAUACUGGUCCCCGUGCCCAGCGACGCCGACUCGCCCCGCUUCAAAACCAGCAUGGGCAGCGCCAAGUGGGUCCCGGAGCAGAACGUGGUGCAGUGGAACAUCAAGGCCUUCCCGGGCGGUAAGGAGUACAUGAUGAGGGCGAGCUUCGGGCUGCCCAGCGUGGAGAGCGAAGAGCUGGAGGGCAAGCGGCCAAUCACAGUCAACUUUGAGAUCCCCUACUUCACCGUGUCAGGGAUCCAGGUUCGCUAUUUGAAGAUCAUCGAGAAGAGCGGCUACCAGGCGUUGCCAUGGGUGCGCUACAUCACGCAGAGCGGAGAUUACCAGCUGCGGACCACCUAAAGGCCCCUUGAGACCAACCGAUGAAUCCUUCCUCACCUUCUGCUCCGUCUCCUGCUGUCUGCCUCCCUUCUCCCCUCCUCACAGCCGAGGGACCAGCCCAGAGGAGAAGGUUACCCCGGCCUGGGGACUGGUUCUCUACACCCUGCUGGAGCUAAUGAGGCUCCACAGGCCUCCAGAACCUCCACCUCUGCAUCGCACUCUGGUGCGAUGCAGAGAUUCUCCACAAUAUUUAAAUAUAUUUUUGUUUUUAGAAAGGAAAUCAAUAGUAAGGAAAUUAUUCCACAGUGCCAUGACACCAUGCAAAGUGCACGUUAUAUAUAGUGUGUUGGUACACCAGCAAUAUUCUCUACUACAACUUCCAAGCUGUAAAACAAUAACAUUGUUUGUUCGCCUUUUAGAUCUUUUAUAACCACAGGGCAUACACUUCUCGUCAACAUGUCCUCAAAAUUGAAUCAUGGCUUUAACCUAUCUUAAGGACCAGGAAAUGAGUCUGUUCCUCUUGUAACAUUAUUAGAACCCGACGUUGGCCUGAAUCAAUUGGAACCAGCAGCGACCAAGUUAUUUACCAAAAUGUUUUUUUACUACUUGAAAUUAAAUGUAAGGCCUCCAGUGGCCUUGGGACUGUUCUCAACCCUGUGUGACUCUGCCUUACCCCCGCUGCACUGGAACGGACACCAGCCGCGAUCACUGAUCAAUAAUGCACAUUAUGGUCAUGGCUGCUGGCGCUGUGUAACACAAUAUGGUGUAGGGCCCCACAGGGCCAUUCACUGGUACUGGUGCUUUACCCGGGCACCAGGGGGCCAUUCACUGGUACUGGUGCUUUACCCGGGCACCAGGGGGCCACUCACUGGUACUGGUGCUUUACCCGGGCACCAGGGGGCCAUUCACUGGUACUGGUGCUUUCCCCGGGCACCAGGGGGCCAUUCACUGGUACUGGUGCUUUCCCCGGGCACCAGGGGGCCACUCACUCAGGUGCUCGUCGUCCCUGGAGCCCAGGGGGAAGACACUGAAGGAAUGAGCACCAGACGGCCAAUCUCGGUCAUAUCUCAUUAUUACUGCUGUCCAGGUUUGCUCGUUGUCCUCUAGUUGAAAAAGAGAAAAACUAUCAAAAUAAUGGGCUGAACUCAGUGGUCAAACUGGUGGAAACGGAAUAUCGAUGUUCUGUUUGGUUCUUCAAGACUGAUCAAGUUGUAUAUUGGCCCAAAUGGCUCAUGUCACAAUAUUCCAUUAUGUCCAUGACUUGUCAUUGGCAGCCUUUGGCAUUUAAUAAUCAUAAUAAUUGAAAAGUUGGUGUGUGAGUGUGUGUGAUAUAUUGAUCAGUCACUCUUCAUGAAUUGUAGGAAUGGGAUAUAUUAGUAAUUCUGUUUUUUCAGAGCUGCGAUGAAAUGGAACAAGCCUCCGACUAGUCUUCUCACACACCUACACUCACCCUGCAGUGUGAACUACACGUUGUUUUGUCCGGAAAUAGGGUUUCCUUUAUCUUUUAUCUUAAUCUUUGAACACUUCAGGUAACAUUGGAAGCUAUCCUAAAACGCUUGUGGUUGUACGAGUAUCAUCGGUGUACGCUUUGGCCCUGCUGUGACCAUGUAGGAAGGAGCUCCCCUUCUUACCGCAACGUUCUUCAGGCA